UAGCAUUUUAGCAUCGACCAUCAUACGCACGCAAACAUAACGGCGGUAAAUGGUUAUUAUUUGUCAGCACUUGCUAAAUUUAAAAGCUGAAGUCCAUAACAAUGCAACAAAUUUGUCGUUAACAUUUGUUGCAUGUCUUUUAUGUCGCACAGAAACUUUUAACUGAAGCUAACUAGAUAAAGCCAGCUCACUUCAUUAAUGUUAAGUUACCAGUGUGUAACUUAACGCUGUUCCGCUGAGAUUCAUUUAUUCUUUGUUAAAUAUCGAGCCGCUGGAUGCUGAUUAUCCUGCUCAGGACAGCACAUGUGGCCCCUCUGACAUCCUGGUCCAAUCUAAUGUGAACCUCUACAGCCCCCGAGUCCCUUUGCUAUUGAAACCAUGUCCAUCAAGACAGGAGCAACCCCCUCCCUACGUUUUGGCCAGGUGGUUAUUGGACCCCCAGGUUCAGGUAAAACCACUUACUGCCAAGGAAUGCAAGAGUUCCUGACUCACCUGGGACGCAAGGUGGUGGUGGUGAACAUGGACCCUGCCAACGAAGGACUACCAUAUUCCUGUGCAGUAGAUAUCUCUGAGCUGGUCACUCUGGACGAUGUCAUGGAUGGCUUGAAGCUUGGGCCCAACGGUGGGCUCCUCUACUGUAUGGAGUAUGUUGAAGCAAAUCUGGACUGGUUAGAGAAGAAGCUGAAACAGCACAGUGACUGUUACUUCUUGUUUGACUGUCCUGGACAGGUGGAGCUCUACACCCACCAGAGCUCAGUGAAGAAUAUAUUCUCACAGCUGGCUAAGUGGAAUUUCAGGCUGACAGCAGUGCACCUUGUGGACUCGCAUUACUGUGCUGACCCAGCCAAGUUCAUCUCUGUGCUGUGUACCUCCCUGUCCACCAUGCUGCAUGUGGAGCUUCCCCACGUCAACAUCCUCUCCAAGAUGGACUUGAUUGAGCAGUAUGGCAAACUUGCCUUCAACCUUGAUUUCUACACUGAGGUCAUGGAUCUGACCUAUCUCCUCGAUCACCUGGCUGCAGAUCCUUUCUUUAAAAAAUUCCGCCAACUAAAUGAAAAGUUGGCAGAAGUCAUACAAGAUUACAGCCUCGUCUCCUUCGUGCCUCUCAAUGUACAGGACAAGGAGAGCAUGAUUCAAGUCUUACGAGCAGUAGACAAGGCCAACGGCUACUGCUUUGGAGACCUGGAGGAGAGGAAUCUGCAGGCCAUGAUGUCAGCUGCUGUGGGGGCAGACUUCCAGUUCGACUCUACUCUUGGAGUGCAAGAGAGAUAUGUUGAAACCAGUGGAAAGACUGUGGAGGAGGAAAUGAUGGACCUGUAAAUUGAAACGCCCUAUUAAAUAGGACAAAACUGGUCUCAGUUUUAACACCAGUAUAUCAGGGGAGUCUUGGUAACAUUCAUCUCAGUUGGCCCCUCUCUCUCUACAAAAGCAGUGAAGAAACAGGAUCUAAAUUUUGGUGCUGUAGAUCCUUCAAGGUUGCACCACACCUCAUAAAAAUCGCACAGGAUGACUGAAAGGGAGUAAAUGCUUAACUUUGCUUUAGUUAUCAAUGAGAGGCUUGUGGUUAAUAGUUUUUCUCUACUGCUGUCUUUAUAGGCAACAAUAAAGGACAUUUUCAAUAGAUGCAAGUACAUUAUUUUUAAAUUUACCAAAUGUAAAGCCCAUUGUUUUUUGACUGUGGUAGAUAUUUGAGGCUGUAAUUUUUUUUUGAGGAAUUAUAGGUAAAUGUCUAAUGGUAAGCAUCCAGUGGUGCAGGUCUAUAUAAUAAUAUUAAUAAUAUUCAUUCAGAAACAAUAAAUACAUGUUAUUGUUUGGUUUUUUUGCCUUCUCUGCGGGCAUGAAUUAACAGAAAAUAAAAGAUUCAUGUUGAUAUUC